CCAGCUCAUUGGUACCCUGGUCUCGAGGCGGAAUCGCAGGCCACGCGACACACACGUACAUAAUCUUCCCUUCCUUCAUUUCCUCUAGUUCACGAACACGCGGAAGAGGCAGGAGGAGAAAUUAUUACCAUUUUUUUUUUUUUUUUUCCAUCCAGCACCACCUCGAGUUUCCGUCAGUCACGUGGUUUCUCAAGAGACUCUCCCCACCACUGUUCGUUCCUCCCUUCUUGGAUUGGACUACCCCCCUCUCCGGGGGUCCCCGCGUGGUCUCUUGUCCCCCCCCCCCGCCUUCACGGCUGCCCCCCUCCUUCUCUCCGGCGACGGCGAAGCCCCGUACCCGCUGACCCACUGUCGGUUCAUUCGGUCGCGGCUCGUCCCAGCGGGAGGGACAGGGAUAACGCCGCGAUGAUCCUCCAGUGGCUGUGGCGCCAGCUGGUGCUGGACGCCUACCCCACGCUCGUCGUGUUCCUGCUGGUCAUCGCCUCGGCGCGCGCCGUCCAGCUCUUCAGGGAGCUGCGCAGGCUGCCCCCGGGUCCGUGGGGGUUCCCCGUCAUCGGCUACCUGCCCUUCCUCACGGGCGACGCGCACCUGCACUUCGAGGAGCUGGCGCGCCGCUACGGCCCGGUGUUCAGCACGCGGCUCGGCAACCAGCUGGUGGUGGUGCUGAGCGACUACCGAGCCAUCAGGGAGGCCUUCCGCCGCGACGAGUUCACGGGCCGGCCGCACAACGAGUUCAGCAGCAUCCUGGGCGGAUACGGGAUCGUCAACAGCGACGGCCGGCUGUGGAAGGACCAGAGACGCUUCCUGCACGAACGCCUUCGCCAGUUCGGGAUGAAGCACGCCGGAGUCGGCAAGGACCACAUGGAGACGAGGAUCAUGAGCGAGGUGGAGACCUUCCUGAGCUUCGUGUCGCGGCAGAGGCACGCGCCCGUCGACCUCAACACGCCGCUCGCCAUGUCCAUCAGCAACGUGAUCUGCACCAUCAUCAUGAGCGUGAGCUUCCGGCACGACGACGCGCGCUUCAAGCGCUUCAUGGACCUCAUCGACGAAGGGUUCAAGCUGUUCGGCUCCAUCGCCGCCGUCAACUUCGUGCCCGUCAUGCGCUACCUGCCGGGUCUGCAGCAGGUCACCAAGAAGCUGGCGCAGAACCGGCUGGAGAUGGCGACGUUCUUCCAGGAGACCGUGGACAAGCACAGGGCCACCUUCGACCCGGCCUGCAUACGCGACAUCAUCGACACGUACCUGCUGGAGAUCGAGCACGCCAACGAGGAAGGACGCGGCGAGCAGCUGUUCGAGGGCAAGGACCACGACCGGCAGAUCCAGCAGAUCAUCGCCGACCUGUUCUCGGCCGGCAUGGAGACCAUCAAGACGACCUUGCAGUGGUCCGUGGUGUUCAUGCUGCACCACCCGGAGGUGGCGCGCUCCGUGCAGGAGGAGCUGGACCAGGUGGUGGGGCGCGAGCGACUGCCCCGGCUCGAGGACCUCGCCUUCCUGCCCUACACUGAGUCCACCCUGCUGGAGGUGCUGCGGCGGUCCAGCAUCGUGCCGCUCGGCACUGCGCACGCCGCCACCAGGGACGCCUGUCUGAACGGCUACAGGAUCCCCAAGGACACGCAGGUGGUGCCGCUGCUGCACGCCGUGCACAUGGACCCCGGCCUCUGGGAGGAGCCGGAGAGGUUCCGGCCGGAGAGGUUCCUCAGCGCCGAGGGCAAGGUCACCAAGCCGGAGUACUUCCUGCCGUUCGGCGUCGGACGGAGGAUGUGCCUGGGAGACGUCCUGGCCAGGAUGGAGCUGUUCCUGUUCUUCUCGUCGCUGCUGCACGUGUUCAACCUGGAGCUGCCCGAAGGAGAGCCCUUGCCCAGCCUCAAGGGCAACGCAGGGGUCACCGUCACCCCCGACCCCUACAAGGUGAGGCUCGAACGGAGAGCCAUGGACGUCGACAUGGAGUUCCUGGACGCGCCCAGCGACUGCUUCCUGCGGAGGAACUGCGGCACGUAGUGCCAACCUUCCCGCGCGAGAACCCAGUGACGGCGCCUCGCCUCUUCCUCCUCAAGUUCCUGUGCGCCGGUUGGCUCCCCUGCGGAAGAAAGCGCGCAGCCUUCGCUUCCCGCAAAACGGCGCGAGAAAAAAAAAAGAAACGAAAAGACGAGUGAGUUUCUUUUAGCGGGAGACGAAAAUGGGGGGGAGCGUGUCCGAGCCACGAAAGACUGCCGUUUGCAGAAACAAGUGUUCGCGAAAAAAAAAAAAAAAAAAAAAGCUCAAGUGCCAUAACAUAAAAUGUCUGUACGCUGUUGCGUUACUUGUGUUAUUUAUUUUUGACGAGAAUCGAUGCAAGGACCGGACGUUUGGUGGUUCCUAUCUCUGUGGGAGGGGGGGGGGGGAAGGGAUCCAAGCCUUAUAAAUAAGCUGUGCGAUGAUAUUUCGUUCCUAUGGAGCCAGUAGGGGCGAAAGAUUCACAAACCCGGCUGUGCGCAUGUCUACCAUUAACACUUUUUUUUAUUAUCAUAUAUAUAUUUUUUAACUAUACUGUCUUUCCGUUCGGUUGACCGCGAAACGGCGAAAUGUAUUUGUUCACUAAUGAAUGUUUUGUGAUAAAUCCUGCUUGGACUGUACUUUUUUUAAUUUUUUUUUUUUUCGUUGCUAGUCAGUUUGCUUUCAUUGCACAGUAUGAUUGCAAAUAUCUCCCUCUGUGCGUACAAAUCAUUAUUGUCUCAGGAAGUUAUACCUCAUGUUUGGUUGCGUUGAUUUGGGACAACAUAUGAAUAAAUAAAAUAAAAUAUUUGUACGCAUGACAAAUCUGAACGAAUGUGGAAGUGAAAUCUCUUUAAGGUAUGCUGUACAAAUUUGUUUUUUUGCUUCAUUAGUUUUUUCUCCCACGAGUACCUUAUGCUAUUGAACAGUCAGAAUUUUGUAAAUCUUAGCCCAUAUUACCAUGAUUUUGAAACAUAUGAACAUUAAACAUCACUGGAAUUAUAAUAGCGUAUUGUUUAGUUUGUAAAACAUAGCGUGUGUGACUUUAUGGUUAAUUUAGGUUAAAAGUAGAAGUGUUUGGUUCCUAACGGCUUUGAAUUUUGAGCUGUGGCCUGUGUUUCAGCUAGUCUGUUAAAUGAGUCUGCACAUGUAUUGCCAGAAAUAUGAAAUAGUUAAUGACACACAUUUCUUUUAAUUUAUGUUGGGGGGAGUAAUAACACUGCAUGUAUUUAUUGUUCUAAAACUGAUUAUCUACCAUACACUUCAACUAUUCUUGCGCAAGUUCCAGUAUCAUUUUUAUAAAUUAUACCAACAAAUAUUUGACGAUUUUGAAGUAAAAUUGGUCAUGAAACAUAAUACAAGAAGUACAAAGCUGUGACAAAUAAACAGCGUGAUUUUAUAUUUUUGUGUUCCUUUGGUUUUUGUUUGCCACUAAAACGAGUCAGGACUUAGCAUAAAGUGUGUUGUUCAUCACUGUGAGUAGUUUAGUUAGUGAUUUGUAGAAAUUAACUUGAAUAUUUAAGUAAGCAACAUUCAUCACUUUAUCUUAUUCACAUAAAGUUUCUUUGGUUUAAUAUCCCUGUAAUUUGUGUUUUUAACAAAACAGAAACAUGAUAAUGUAGAUAAACCAAAAUUUAUAUUUAAAUGUGUUCAGAGUAAAAAUUAUUAUUAUUAUUAUUAUUAUUAGUUUUUCAACAUUCAUUUAAGUUUAAUUUGGUUUGAAUCAUGGCCAAAAUGUAAAAUGUUAUGAGUGUAAUUUCCAAUGCAUAGGGUUAUGCCAAAACCAUGUAAAAAUUCUUAGAACGUAGAAUUGUAUUUAUUAAAAUUUUCCAUUGUGACAAAAACCUAAUUCUAGCAUGUAUUAUUAUGUCCUAUCAGUGUUUGUCUAGUGUUUGUACGAUGUCAGUUGUACAUAUUAUCAUGAGCUUACUAUUUUUUGUAACCAACGUAAGAUAAAAUUUUUACCAGCUGUAUUUAAAAACAGUUUUAGAUGUAGAUGAUGUUGUGUUAAAAGACCAAAAUGUGACAUUUCUAUUGAAAAAAUUGCACAAAAAUAAAUAAUAUCUCUUUAAAUAAA